CUAAAAGACAAAGGCUAAGAAGAUUUUAUAAUUUUAUUUUAAUUCCUCUUUUUUUGUAUAUUUCUAAUAAUCGUAUCUGCUUGUUUAAAAUAUUUUCGUCACAGUAAGAAGACAGAUUAUAAAAUAGCUGGAUGGAUUAAAAAGGAGGUUUAGUGGACACUUGUGAGUGACAGCUAGUGAAUAUCCCAACAUUUUUAUUAAAGUUAAUCAGUCAAACAGACCAUGAAAACCCCAAUUAAAGUGAGAAAAAGAAAAUUGGAGGCAUCAAGUACACCUGAAGAUGUGCCAUACUGUGAGAUCCCAAGUAAAGUUUCCACAAGUGACCAAACAGGUGUCUUUAUUCCAGGAAAUCAUGAAGCUGAGAUGUGCUAUGGAGGAGAAGCUGAUCUACACAAACAUGUUACUGGCUGUAAGAAGAAUCCAGGUCACAAAGGUUUUAUACCUCUUAAAGAUUUCAACUCACAUUGUCUCCCUUCACGUUACCAUGAUGACGACCUCAUGUCUGAGACAAUCAAAACAUUGGCAGCCCUAACUGUCCAGGUAAAGACUAAAUUCACCAGUCUAGAGAGACCAGAGUUUUACCCAGGCACUCAAGUUCCAUAUCCAUGUUAUAAUGACAGAGGAAGUCACGUGAUGAGGUUAGGGACGGGGAGGGUGUGUGGUGUGAUCAAGUACACAAAGAGUGUCGGAACUUGUCGUUGUGCCAAGUGUCAAGUCUCUGCCACACCCAGCAAAGUGUGGGGGAUGGUUCGUGUGUUGACAGCCACACAUGUGGUGUUUGAUGACAGUGAGGGGAGACAGACCAGUUGUGUUUUAGGUUUUGAUGACAAUAAAAGUCAAGUGGUCAGUCUUGAUGGCUGGGAGAUAGACGGUAGGGCAGACAUUGAGGGAGACAUGUGUGUGUUGAGGUAUGUGACAUGUGACUUAGAGUUGGUUGAUGAACUGGACAAGAUGUGUCUGCGCUUUGAUGGUCUAUGUAGGGAAGUAAUGAACAAAUACAUGAGAUUUGAUGAUGUGGACAAGUUGAUCGUUAUAGUGUCGCAUCCUCAUGGCUGUCCUAAACAGGUCUCUGUAGGACAAUGGACACGCAGACAUGAGAGGUAUGUUGAUGAUGAUGAUGAUGUCUUUGGUGAUAUCUCCUGGCCCAGCACCAGGUACUGGUACACAACAUGUACAUGUCCAGGCUCCAGUGGAGCGACUGUCUACAGGCUGGGAUAUGACAGGUGGUUGUAUGGCCACCCCCACAGUGGAUGUGACUCUAAAGAAAAUUAUAGUGGGGAGUGGUUGUGCUGAUGUAACUGUUAGUUCUCUCCCCUUGUCUACACAAUGUGAACAAACAAAAUGGCGGAACCUUUCCCGUCCUUAAACUGUUUGUGUAAAGUCUUGCAUAUGUUGUAAACAUUUUAUAACAUUUAAAUAAUUAAAACAAAAGUUUUGAUUGAUUCAAACCGUUUAACCAUUGUAAUUUGCAUCUACCAUAAUGUAUUUUGGGCACAUUUCAUGUUUAAUGUUGUAAAUAUUUUCUCUGUAACAAAUGUCGGCAACAUUGUUGUUCUAACCUUGCCAUGAAUUGUAUCUUUACAUAUUAAAUUUCAUGCUAUUUUUUUGUUUACAAAAUUAUUACAUACUAAAAAAUAAAUGAACAAAAUAAAACAUAGAAUAAGUAAAUUGUUAUCAAACAACUUGUUGAUACUGAUGUUGGUAUAACGCUAUGCUGUCGGCGGUUUUAAAACAUUCCCAAUUCAUUGUAACGACAAGGCCGACAUGUAGCCUAUAUAAGGAUAAAUAAUGUCUAGUAAUGAUCUACUUCAUUGAAGUGACGUUCAAAUAAACUUAACUGUUACCAAACACAACCGUUAAGAUCUACAUCUUGUAUUGUCCUACUCCAAUAGAAAUGUUAAGUGAGAUCGGAGUUUGUCGCUCUGAUAGACAGACACUUGUGUAAACAUUUUCUUUAUUCUUAUUUCUUCUAAAUACUUUCACCAACUGGUGAUAGAACACUCGCAUGUAAAAAUAUAAGUCUCUCGUUCCUGAGUCCAUCCAGCUCUGAUGGGUACCUGAGUCCAUCCAGCUCUAAUGGGUACCUGAGUCCAUCCAGCUCUAAUGGGUACCUGAGUCCAUCCAGCUCUAAUGGGUACCUGAGUCCAUCCAGCUCUAAUGGGUACCUGAGUCCAUCCAGCUCUAAUGGGUACCUGAGUCCAUCCAGCUCUAAUGGGUACCUGAGUUCAUCCAGCUCUAAUGGGUACCUGAGUCCAUCCAGCUCUAAUGGGUACCUGAGUCCAUCCAGCUCUAAUGGGUACCUGAGUCCAUCCAGCUCUAAUGGGUACCUGAGUCCAUCCAGCUCUAAUGGGUACCUGAUUCCAUCCAGCUCUAAUGGGUACCUGAGUCCAUCCAGCUCUAAUGGGUACCUGAGUCCAUCCAGCUCUAAUGGGUACCUGAGUCCAUCCAGCUUUAAUGGGUACCUGAGUAAAAUCGGAAAAUAUAAACGAGUCUGUGACCACACAGUUGAUUCAAAAGUCAUGUUGAAAGAAAUAAUUUAACUCUAUUUCAUCUGCUAGAUUGUCCUUCACAUUUUAAAUAUACCGUGACUUCUUUCGCUUUUUUUGGCAAAAUUAGGUAAAUAUUUGGAAAAUUUAAAACCAUGGUUAAUGAACAAAACCAACGGUUCAAAAUUAGCUCGCAAAACACUUAGAGGUUAUACGGGCAUGUUUUAUUUUUAAGUAUAUUUGAGAUCUAUUGUAAUUUAUGUAAUAUAAAUCAAAGGAAUUACAAGCUUUACUGGUAAAAAUAUACCCGACAUUUUAUCUGACAAGUGCUAGUUGUGUAUUUUAUAAAGACCAACGACGUGUUGAAACUGAAUAGGAAAACUUUUACGGCCAAGGGGAAGCAACAAUGAAAAUGUUUUAAAACUAUAGAUUUUCUUCAUUAUCUUUCUUUUUUUACCAUUUUCCAAAUGAUAAUAAAUUUCGUAUAAAUGGAAGCAAAAAUAUAAUUCUUUUGUAAUAGCAGAAAUGUUUUUCAUAGAAUUUUACUACUUUCAAUACAUGACAACAUACUAAAGAAAAUUACGCGAUAAUAAUAACCAUAUAAAACAGUAAAAUAUAUAUUAAAGGAACUUUUUGAAGCACCUAAGUCCUAUAAAUAUAAGAAAAAAUAUUUUAAAUUGUUGAAUCUACAUUUCUCCUACACCGUCAUCUGUGAGUUGCUAGGUAGACAGAAG